GCACUUUAAAGAAGUGUUUCCGGGUCUGGACUUCCUCUUUUUGGCUGCAUCGGGUCGCCAACAUGGUGAACGUCCCGAAGACGCGCAGGACUUACUGCAAAAAGUGCAAAAAGCACCAACCCCACAAGGUUACCCAGUACAAGAAGGGAAAGGAUUCCCUCUAUGCACAGGGUAAGAGAAGAUACGACCGCAAGCAGAGCGGCUACGGCGGCCAAACUAAGCCCAUCUUCCGUAAAAAGGCUAAAACAACCAAGAAGAUCGUGUUGAGGCUUGAGUGCGUGGAGCCCAACUGCAGAUCAAAGAGAAUGCUGGCCAUCAAAAGAUGCAAGCACUUUGAGUUGGGUGGUGACAAGAAGAGAAAGGGCCAGGUCAUCCAGUUCUAAGCUGUGGUUCUUCGUCGUUUUCAAUAAACGUGUUCAAGUUACAAUACAAUGUCUCUUCACUGAUACACCUGCAAAGAAAACCACUCUUUGGUAAUCUUAAUAACCCAAUGUGUACGCUUAUGUGAAAUAAAAAGUACCUACGGACUAUA